GCUCAAGUUUACCCGAUUUGAACACUUCCGCUCAAGUAUCUUUAUUCUUUCAGCAGCCUUUUACAGAUCUACAGCAAGUGCAAUUACAGGCGCAAAUUUUUGUUUAUGGGUCCUUGAUACAAGGAGUAGCACUUGAUGAAGCUUGUAUGGUUUUGGCAUUUGGGAUGUGUGGAGGGAGGAGCUUUUGGGAGCCUGCUUGGCGGGCAUGUUUGGAAAGGCUUUAUGGUCCAAAAUUGCAUCCAGGCAGCUCUGAGACCCCUGUACAAUCACGUUCAGGUCCUAAAACUUCAGAGCAGGGAAAUAAACAGGGUUUGAGCCAAAGCAAGGUUCUUUCAACGCCUGCUGCUAAAGUGAGCAGCAAGAGUUGCCCUUCUCCUGUUGUUAAUCCAAUGAUACCUCUUUCAUCACCUCUAUGGAACAUACCUACUCUCUCUUGUGAUGCUCUGGCAUGUUAGAGGUCUUGUUCUUGAUUAUCAGGCACUUUCUCCUCUGCGUGCUUAUCAGACACCACCUUUGCGUGACUUUGGUGGAAAUGCAACUUCUUGGGCAUCGCAGCCCCUUUUCCCUGCUUCAUGGGUUUCCUCUGCUCAAAGUUCUGCUGUAGAUGUCAGUGCUCGGUUUCCUCCAAUACCCCUUACAGAAACAGUAAAAUUAACACCCAUCAAAGAGUCAUUUGUAUCAGUUUCUUCCACUGCAAAACUUGCUUUGCCUGAUCCCACAGCUCAUGAUUUGAAAAAAGUCUCAGGUUCACAUGACCCGUAUUCUACUGAUCCAAAAUCUAGAAAAAGAAAGAAGACUUCUAGAAAACUUUGCAAGUAGAGUUGGCUUUGUUUAUAUUUUUUAUUUUUUUCUUUGAGUAUUAGAUUACUGCUUUGAGUGGGUGUUUUAUUGUUAUUAAUGUUGCUAUUUUGAUUGUGACUUAUCUCAAAAAAAGAAUUUGAUAUUGUCAUAGGCUUUUGCACUA